CUGUCCAAUCAGCGGGCCGGAGGGGGGCGGAGCUGCGGGGAGCGUCGAGUGACGUCAGCACCCGCAGGCCGGGCAGCCCGAUGCCCGACGGACGAGGCUGGCGCCUUGAGGAGCUGUGGGCCGGCUCCGCAGGGGUCGUCGGCGUCCACCGGGCCUCGCCCCUGCGGGUCCUGCGACGGCUGCUGGCUGGUGGGGGACGGUCUCGCGUGGGGCGGUAACCGCCGGCCGCCGGGGGAGGUGCGUCUCCGCUCCCCUCCCCCUGAUGUACACACCCCCGGCGCACCACGUGGGCGUGAAGCUAAGCCGGAGGGGUGUUAGGCUGACUUCCUACUUCAUUGGCCGUCGCCGCUGCCGGCACUGGCAAGGAGUUGCUCUGAUUGGUCAGCAAAGGGGAGUCCAGGUCGGGGUUCUAAGGCUUCUGGUUGGUUGUCUGAGAUAAGCUAGUGAGGCGCGUUCUUCCGCAAGGGGUUUUGAUUGGUCGGCCGGAGAGGUUAUCUGCGAUUCGGCCAUCCCCGGCCGGGGACUUUGAUAGGUUUCAUAUGGCUUUCUUUGCUUCACAGGAUUGAGGAAGGUUUAUGUUCCCGAAACCUCGGGAGCUGUCAUAGCUAAAGAGAAGGAAUUUGGUCUCCAGGAGGGGUCACCCCUCUAAAGAUAGCUACUGCCCCGUUUCUGGAAACCCUGGUAUUUCUAGAACAGAAAUUACUCUCACCAAACCCCAGUUGGUGACAGGAGGCGCCCCUGCACAGGACAUAAGGAUGCUGUAACCAGAAAAUGGGAUCGCGGAACAGCAGCAGCGCAGGAUCCGGGUCCUUAGAGCCCUCCGAGGGCUUGUCCCGAAGAGCGGCUGGCCUGCGUCGGAGUGAGGAAGAAGAGGAGGAGGAUGAAGAUGUGGAUCUGGCCCAGGUACUGGCCUAUCUCCUCCGCAGAGGCCAAGUGAGGUUGGUGCAAGGAGGAGGUGCUGCAAAUUUACAGCUCAUCCAGGCCCUCUCCGACUCAGAGGAAGAGCAUGACAGUGCCUGGGAUGGUCGCCUGGGAGACAGAUACAACCCACCUGUGGAUGCAACCCCUGACACUGGGGAGCUGGAAUACAAUGAGAUCAAGACACAGGUGGAAUUGGCCACAGGACGCCUAGGACUCAGGAGGACUGCCCAGGAGCACAGCUUUCCACGAAUGUUACACCAGAGAGAACGGGGCCUCUGCCACCGGGGAAGCUUCUCCCUUGGAGAACAGUCUCGAGUGAUGUCUCACUUCUUGCCCAAUGAUCUAAGCUUCACUGACACCUACUCUCAGAAGGCUUUCUGUGGCAUCUACAGCAAAGAUGGUCAAAUCUUCAUGUCUGCUUGUCAAGAUCAGACAAUCCGACUGUACGACUGUCGGUAUGGCCGCUUCCAUAAAUUCAAAAGCAUCAAGGCCCGGGAUGUGGGCUGGAGUGUCUUGGACGUGGCCUUCACUCCUGAUGGAAACCACUUCCUGUACUCCAGCUGGUCUGAUUACAUUCACAUCUGCAAUAUCUAUGGGGAAGGAGACACACACACUGCCCUGGAUCUGAGGCCAGAAGAGCGUCGCUUUGCUGUCUUCUCCAUCGCCGUCUCCUCAGAUGGUCGCGAAGUGCUAGGCGGAGCCAAUGAUGGCUGCCUGUAUGUCUUUGACCGAGAACAAAACCAACGUACUCUUCAGAUUGAGUCUCAUGAGGAUGAUGUGAAUGCAGUGGCGUUCGCUGACAUAAGCUCCCAAAUCCUGUUCUCUGGGGGAGACGAUGCCAUCUGCAAAGUAUGGGAUCGACGCACCAUGCGAGAGGAUGAUCCCAAGCCUGUGGGUGCACUGGCUGGACACCAGGAUGGCAUCACCUUUAUCGACAGCAAGGGUGAUGCCCGAUAUCUCAUCUCCAACUCCAAAGACCAGACCAUUAAGCUUUGGGAUAUUAGACGCUUUUCCAGCCGAGAAGGCAUGGAGGCGUCACGCCAGGCUGCCACCCAGCAGAACUGGGACUAUCGGUGGCAGCAGGUGCCCAAGAAAGCCUGGAAGAAGCUCAAGCUCCCGGGGGACAGCUCCUUAAUGACCUACCGAGGCCACGGAGUGCUGCACACGCUCAUCCGCUGCCGCUUCUCCCCCAUGCACAGCACUGGCCAGCAGUUCAUCUACAGCGGCUGCUCUACUGGCAAAGUAGUGGUAUAUGACCUCCUAAGCGGCCACAUUGUGAAGAAGCUGACCAACCACAAGGCCUGUGUGCGUGAUGUCAGUUGGCACCCCUUUGAAGAAAAGAUCGUCAGCAGUUCGUGGGAUGGGAAUCUGCGUCUUUGGCAGUACCGCCAGGCUGAGUACUUCCAGGACGACAUGCCAGAGUCUGAGAAAUGCUCCAGUGCUCCCACUCCGGUGCCCUGCCCGUCUGUGGCCUUCUCCUCACCUCAGUAGAUCUGACCUCCAGUUCUGAAUAGGGUGAAUUCUCAACACGUUCUCUGCCUCCUCCUCCCUUCCCCUUCUGGGGACUAUGUGGGGGAACUGCUGACAUUGGGCAGUGAGAAACAGAAGCCCAGGGUCUGGGCCCAAGCUGAGCCUGGACUAACCCCCUCCCUCCCUCAGGCUGGGCCGAGUGGUUUCUUCAUGCCUUCACACCUAGACUGCUCAGAUUUCUAUCUAGCCAGAGUGUGGCUGAAGGACAUCUGUUAUCUGGGGUGCAGCUUCUGCCAACAAGACGAUUGUCCUGAGUGUUUUUAAUCAUGUUCCCAUGUUAAAUGUUGGCUCAGAGUGUAGAUCCCUGAGGUCUGAAUAGACCCAUCAGCAAUGCCCUUUGCCCAGGUCUUCACACUGAGGAUUAGAUUGGCCAAUCAGGGCUAAGUAUACUGGCCUUUCUUCCUGAGAUCUUUGAGGGGGGACAAGGGUGGGUAGAACUGUUUCCUCAGCACCCUCCUGGGGUGGGAACUAUGUCUUCCCUCAUACUUGGACUUUGGUGUUAAGAGACUGGUCCGAGAGGUAGGGGUCUCCAGAAGCUCUAUAUGGCCCUCCCUGCCAUUGGACCCUGUCACUGCUGGUGGCCAGCAGCUUCAACAAAAGGUUAAGAUAGGACUUCUUUCAUCUUCUCACUGGCUUUGGCUUUCCCAAUAAACUGUCUGGGAAGCUGG